GGGUUACCCUGGGCUGAGGUCAGCUUUGGCACUGGUUGGUUUGAAAUGGCCUCUGAGAAGGAGAUUUUCCUCUUCCUUGCUCCAACCUGGCAGUAGCUGAGCUGGGAGUGGCCCCCGGAGACCUCCUCAGCCUCUCUCUGUGCCUCCGCUUUGCUACCUGAGGGAACAUCCCUGGCCCCGACUCAGGCCUCUGGCUGCCCUCUCUAUGUGACCUUGGGUAAUUCCCUAGCCUCUUCUCUGGCCCCAAAUCUUAGCUGGGAUCGCAACCUCAGAGCAGUCUGAUUAAGCGUGGCUGGUGGGGAGAGGCUGGCAUCUCCCUCUCGGUGUUGUGACCUUGGGCAGAUUACUUAACCUGUGUCCCAGCUUCCUCAUCUGGGGCUGGUAACAUGGGGAUAGUAACCGCAUCUUCCUCGUGGGAUUGUUAUGAGGAUUGACGGAUUCAUGUACGCAAGGCUCUGAGAACAGACCCUGGCACCCAGUAGCACCCUGUGCCUUCGCCUCUUGAACAACACAGGGGGGGUCGGGGGUGCCGACCGCCCAGGCAGUUGAAAAUUUGCAUGUAACUUUUGACUCCCCCCAAACCUAACUAAUAAUAGCCUUACGGAUACCGUCAGCAGUUGACUAACGCAUAUUUUGUACGUUAUGUGUAUCAUUAUAUGGUAUUCUUACGAUAAAGUAAGCUAGAGGAAAGGAAACGUUACUAAGAAAAUCGUAAGGAAGAGACGAUACGUGCAUUUAUAGUCCUGUAAACAAAGUUGGUUUUACAGUUGAAAACAAUUUGCUUAUAGGAUCACCUGGUCAGUUAAGUGUCCGAGUCUUGAUUUUGGCCCAGGUCAUGAUCUCACGGUUCCGUGAGUUCAAGCCCUGCCCCGGGCUUUCCGUGCUGGGCUUUUCGUGCUGACAGCAAGAAGCCUGCUUGGGAUUCUCUCUCUCGCCCCACCCCACCCCCUUCUCUCUCUGCCCCUCCCCCUCUCAUGCUCUCUAUUCUCUCUCAAAAUAAAUAAACUUAAAAAAAAAAAAAUGGACAGGAAGUGAUUUGCUUAUAAGUGGACCCUUGCAGUUCAAACCCGUGUUGUUCAAGAGUCCACUGCAAACAUUGAACAAUUUUCCGCUCUCCCUUCUCCCUAAUGGGAGGCGACAGGAGCGGGGACAGUCUGGGUAGCCCUAGGGUUUCCAUCUGGCCCAGGAGUACUAGCUGUAAGGUCAGAGGUGCCCCGGGGGGCCACCCUGGGCGCCGAGCACACCUUCCUCUCUGUCUGUGGAGACCCGAGGUCGCUGGCGGGGACUGUGGGCAUUACUCCUCUGCCGUUCCACAGUCUGGGGCCGACCAGCAGCCCCCAGAGGAUGAGAAAGAGGUGAUCCGCCGGGCCAUCCAGAAGGAGCUGAAGAUCAAGGAGGGUGUAGAGAACCUGCGGAGGGUGGCCACGGACCGCCGCCACUUGGGCCACGUACAGCAGCUGCUGCGGGCCUCCAACCGCCGCCUGGAGCAGCUGCACGGGGAGCUGAGGGCGCUGCACGCGCGCAUCCUGCUGCCCGGGCCCGGCCUGGCCGAACCCGCCACCACGGGACCCCAGCCACCUGCAGAGCAGCCAAGGGCUCGGCACCUGGAGGCUCUACAGAGGCAGCUGCAGGUAGAGUUGAAGGUGAAGCAGGGGGCGGAGAACAUGACGCACACAUACGCCAGUGGCACGCCCAAGGAGAGGAAGCUCCUGGCAGCUGCCCAGCAGAUGCUGCGGGACAGCCAGCUGAAGGUGGCCCUGCUGCGAAUGAAGAUUAGCAGCCUGGAAGCCAGUGGGUCCCCUGAACCAGGUGAGGCUUUGAGAAGCGGGGCCGGGCAGGGCCGGGCAGGGCGGGGCCUGGGGGCUGACCGCCUCCUCCCAGGUCCCGAGCUGCUGGCAGAGGAGCUAAGGCAUCGACUACGCAUUGAGGCCGCUGUGGCCGAGGGCGCCAAGAACGUGGUGAAGCUGCUGGGUACCCGGCGGACACAAGACCGGAAGGCGCUGGCUGAGGCUCAGGCCCAGCUCCAGGAGUCCUCCCAGAAACUGGAUCUCCUGCGGCUGGCCUUGGAGCAGCUGCUGGAGGGAUUGCCUCCUGCCCACCCUCUGCGUGGCAGAGUGGCCCGGGAGCUGCGGACUGCCGUGUCUGGGAAACCCCAGCCUUCAGGGGUGCUCGUGAAGCCCACCGCCGUGACAGGGACGCUGGAGGUCCGUCUCCUGGGCUGUGAGCAGCUGCUGACAGCCGUGCCCGGACGCUCCCCGGCGGCUGUGCUGGCCGGGAGCCCCUCGCAGGGCUGGCUUCGGGCCCGGGCCAAGCAGCAGCGUGGCGGAGGAGAGCUGGCCAGUGAGGUGCUGGCUGUGCUGAAGGUGGACAAUCGUGUCGUGGGCCAGACCGGCUGGGGGCCAGUGACCAAGCAGUCCUGGGACCAGACCUUUAUUGUCCCCCUGGAGCGGGCCCGGGAGCUGGAGAUUGGGGUGCACUGGCGGGACUGGAGGCAGCUGUGUGGCGUGGCCUUCCUGCGGCUGGAGGACUUCCUGGACAACGCUUGUCACCAGCUCUCCCUGAGUCUGGUGCCCCAGGGGCUGCUCUUUGCCCAGGUGACCUUCUGUGACCCUGUCAUUGAGAGGAGGCCCCGGCUGCAGAGGCAGAAACGCAUUUUCUCUAAACGCAGAGGUCAGGACUUUUUGAGGGCUUCCCAGAUGAAUCUCAACAUGGCAGCCUGGGGGCGCUUGGUCAUGAACUUGCUGCCCCCCUGCAGCUCCCCAAGCACGAUCAGCCCCCCCAGAGCGUGCCCCCAGACCCCAGCCACGCCCCGGGGAGCUGCCAACCCUGCCUCGCCCAGCUCUUCCGUCUGCCUGUGCCCUGCCAGGUGUCUGCUUUCUCCACAUAGUGAUUUCCCACCCAAGAAGAGCCCCUUGGAAGAAGAGGUGAGGCCCCCGCCCAAGCCCCCACGUCUCUACCUGCCCCGGGAGCCAACCCCCGAGGAGAUACCGCGCACCAAACGGCCCCACAUGGAGCCCAGGACUCGACUCGGGCCACCGCUUCCAGCCUCAGCCACCAGGAAACCCCCCCGCCUUCAGGACUUCCGUUGCUUGGCCGUGCUGGGCCGGGGACACUUCGGGAAGGUCCUCCUGGUCCAGUUCAAGGGGACGGGGAAAUACUACGCCAUCAAAGCGCUGAAGAAGCAGGAGGUGCUGAGCCGGGACGAGAUGGAGAGCCUGUACUGCGAGAAACGCAUCCUGGAGGCUGUGGGCCGCACAGGGCACCCCUUCCUGCUGUCCCUCCUCGCCUGCUUCCAGACCUCCAGCCACGCCUGCUUCGUGACAGAGUUUGCGCCCGGUGGUGACCUCAUGAUGCAGAUCCACGAGGAUGUCUUCCCUGAGCCCCAGGCCCGGUUCUACCUGGCCUGUGUGGUCCUCGGGUUACAGUUCUUACACGAGAAGAAAAUCAUUUACAGGGACCUUAAGUUGGACAACCUUCUGCUGGACGCCCAGGGUUUCCUGAAGAUCGCGGACUUCGGGCUGUGUAAGGAAGGGAUCGGCUUUGGGGACCGGACAAGCACCUUCUGCGGCACCCCGGAGUUCCUCGCCCCGGAAGUGCUGACCCAGGAGGCCUACACACGGGCUGUGGACUGGUGGGGGUUGGGUGUGCUGCUCUAUGAGAUGCUGGUGGGCGAGUGUCCAUUCCCCGGGGACACUGAGGAGGAGGUAUUUGACUGCAUCGUCAAUGCGGACGCCCCGUAUCCCCGCUUUCUGUCGGUGCAAGGGCUUGAACUCAUUCAGAAGCUCCUCCAGAAGUGCCCGGAGCAGCGCCUCGGGGCGGGUGAGCGGGAUGCUGAGGAGAUCAAGACCCAGCCUUUCUUCAGGGCAGCUCUGCCCUCAUCCCCAGACCACCGACUGGCAGGCCCUGCUCGCCCGCACCGUCCAGCCCCCCUUCCUGCCCACCCUCCGUGGCCCUACGGACCUGCGUUACUUCGAGGGCGAGUUUACGGGGCUGCCGCCGGCCCUGACCCCACCUGACCCCCGUAGCCCCCUGACGGCCCGCCAGCAGGCUGCCUUCCGGGACUUCGACUUUGUGUCAGAGGGAUUCCUGGGGCCCUGACGGCCUCUCUGGUGUGUCUGCCCCGUCUGCCCAGCCGUCUGCCCCGGAGGCCCAGGCCUUGCCAGGUAUCGGUGGGCACUGGGCCUUGAAGUGGCAGCUGCAGAGCUGCUGUGGGGGGCUUCGCUCAGUCACUGGGCAGGGUCCCCUCCCCUCCCGCCCCCGCCUCCUGGGAGGCCUGGACCAGAAAGGGCGGCACAGCAAGGAGGAGUUUGGUUUGGUUUUUUAAUAUUUGAUUUGCUUUAUGGAUGAUUAAACUUAUAAAACUGU